CUGCUGAGUGCUCUAUCUCAGAUCUCUGACCACUAACAUCCAAUUCAACCUUCCCACCUUCAACUGAUCGCGACAUUCUUCACCAACAAGCGCACUGACUCGACAUUUAUGCGCCGCCCUUGGAUCGGGAUAUUCCACUCUUUCGAUCCCGUUUCCGCGUGUAGAAAGCGAUCACUAUAACGAUGAAUGCGACAAGCGCCGAUCAGACUCCGGCCCAGACACUGAAUACAGCUAUGGCUUCAGCUCCAGCUAUUACUCCAGCCUCUAAGCAGCAACCACAAAUACAAACACAACUACAGCAACAGCAGCAGCAGAGGAAAACUGCUUCAUCCGAGAACGAAUCCCGGAAACGCACGCCGGCCAUGACGCGUGACCGACACAACCAGCAGUCGCUAGGCGCAUCACUCAAUACCUCUGUCAAGCAGGAGCGAUGUAUCUAGGAGUGAGCUGCUCGUGUGCUCAUGGUUGGUGCUGGCGGAAUUGGAUGCGAGUUGCUCAAGAAUAUGGUCCUCACAGGCUUUGGCGAAAUACAUAUUGUUGACCUCGAUACCAUCGACCUUUCGAAUCUGAACCGACAGUUUCUUUUCCGUCACGAACACAUAAAAAAAUCCAAGGCUCUAGUGGCCAAGGAGGCAGCAGAACGGUUCAAUCCCAAUGUCAAAAUUGUCGCACACCAUGGCAAUAUAAAGGACGAUGAAUUCACUGUGGCCUGGUUCCAGCAAUUCCACAUUGCUUUCAAUGCUCUUGAUAACCUCGAAGCGCGCAGGCACGUCAAUAAGAUGUGCCUGGCAGCUGAUGUACCCCUGAUCGAGAGUGGCACCACCGGAUUCAAUGGCCAGGUGCAGGUUAUCAAAAAAGGCGUUACUGCAUGCUACGACUGCACUCCGAAGGAAGCACCCAAGUCCUUCCCUGUGUGUACAAUUCGAAGCACCCCCAGCCAACCCAUCCACUGCAUUGUAUGGGGUAAAAGUUAUUUGCUCAACGAGAUAUUUGGCACAAGUGAAGAUCAGGCCGCGUUUGACCACUCAACAGAUGCCGACAAUGCCAAGGAGAUUGAGGAGUUGAAGAAAGAAUCUGAAGCCCUCAAGAUGAUUCGGGAUGCUACUGGCACGUCCAAGUUCCCUCAGAUGUUAUUUGACAAGGUGUUCAGCGCCGACAUCGAGCGACUACGUUCCGUGGAGGGGAUGUGGACGUCCCGGCGAGCUCCUGAACCUCUUGAAUAUCAGACCAUUCUCGCACAGGCUGGCGAUGCUAUCGCCAACAAGGACAAGGCUCUGAACGACGAUCAGCGGGUUUGGUCCCUGGAAGAGAGUCUAGCGGUCUUCAAUGACAGUCUUGACCGACUAAGCAAGCGAAUUCUUGAACUCAAGAAGAACAAAAAUCCCGAAGACCCCGACCCCACAAUCACAUUUGACAAGGAUGACAUUGAUACCCUUGACUUUGUGACAGCAAGCGCCAACAUUCGCUCAACAAUCUUUGGAAUUGACAAGAAGUCUCGUUUCGAUACCAAACAGAUGGCAGGCAACAUUAUUCCAGCGAUUGCCACAACCAACGCAAUCGUCGCUGGUCUCUGUGUUCUUCAGUCUUUCAAAGUUCUGAAGGGCGAGUAUGCACAGUCCAAGGAGGUCUUCCUGACCCCCUUUGCCCCAGCUCGACUUCUGGCCCCUGAUAGGUCCAGAGAGCCAAAUCCCGAAUGCCCCGUUUGUAGUGUUUACUUUACAACUAUUGUUGCAGAUCUGUCUCGGGCGACUCUCAAGGAUCUCGUUGAUGACAUCGUCUUGUCAAAACUGGGAUUUGAAGGCAAGGAGUUUGUCGUGAACAACGACAUAGGAACCUUGGUUGAAUGUUUUGAAGACGGCGACGACGAGAAUCUACCCAAAAAGCUGACUGAUCUCGGUAUAAAGAAGGACUCGUUCUUGACUGUCAUCGACCAGGACGACGAAGACACGUUCGUCAAUGUGGUUAUCAAUGUCCAAGAAGGUACAUUGAAAGAAGACGAGAAACCGGUCAAGGCUACAUUCCCGGAUGCCCCUGAAAUUCCACGCCGACCAAAGAAGCUCCAGCCAGUCUCCGCGAAUGGCAAUGGGGAACUCAACAACGGGCAGGCCGUUAGUGCCGAGCCUAAGGGUAUCAAGAGACCGCAUGGAGAGGACGCUGAACCACCUCUCAAGAAACUCAAGAUCACCGAACCCGGAACCGACAUUGUAGACGUGGACGAAGUCCAAAGCCAUGCCGCCGCCGGCGCUAUCGUCAUUGACGACUGAAGGGUUAUUCAAGGGGUUGAAAGGACGAUGCGUAUAUCCUGGGAACCGUGGCUUUCUAGUUAGCGCUUAAGCCACCAUCCAGGUUCAGUACGCAAUUGUUGGCGAAACGGUUGGUUAUCAAAAACAUGGCAGCGUCGGCUACCUCAUCGGGCGUGCCCAAACGACCCAAGGGACACUGCUUGAGGUAAGAUUCACGAGCAGUCUCAGUGAGUUCUAAAACAGUGCAUUGCACAUUAACAUUGGUUUUCGCCUUCGCAUGGGUGAUUCGCACCAGGGGUUGAAGGCGCAGGAAGGGGAGACUCACCAUUCCACAUUGGACUCUGUAUCCAACCCGGUAGCAAUGUGUUGACGCGGAUAGAACGACUUUUAUACUCAAGGGCUAGGGCGCGGGUGAAAGCUGCGACGAUAUGGAGUCAGCAGGUUUUUGGCAUGUAUAAUAAUGUGAGAUUCAUUAGCAUAAGAUUAGGGAUAUAUCAUGAACAUACCAACGACACCAGCUUUUGAAGCGGCGUAUACUGCAGCACCAGCACCCAUUUUGGUAGCCAUAAGACUUGAAACAUUGAUGAUGCAUCC